UAUGGGAAUACAGCCGUUAUAAUUCAACGGCAUUUAUAGAGCUAUAAAAAUAUCUCCCCAAACCCACCCUAGAUAGCGUGUUUGAUUCAUCAUGGCGAGUGACUCGAACAUAUGUUCCGUAGUUUUAUGAGACUGGCCAGCGGUUUCGAAUAAGUGUUAAUCGCAUCCACUAACAGCCGAGGAGUGCUCAAAGAACGAGUAUUCUCACCGAUCGAGAUCUUACGGAAGAAAGCCUCUUCCGCUUCGCGCUCAUCUCUUUCCUCUUCACUGGAGAAUGGAACGUUCUUUUCGCUGUGUUGGCAGCCAGGGAUCGUUAUUAUUAAUAUAUGUAAACAGCAGCAGCAGCGUCACUGCGGGAACAGUCGGUGGCUGGAGCGAGCCGCGCCGGUUCUGAAGGCGAGGGGAUGAACGUGUCGAUAUCCUUAGCUGCGAACACAGCGGAAGGAACGUUCCACUCUCCGCUGAAGACGAGGGAAGAGAUGAGCGUGAAGCAGAACGCGGUGAAGAAGAACAGCGAGAUGAAUAGCAGCAAGGCAGCGGAGCUCGGUUGCAGCAACGACGGCGUCAAGAACGAGGCUUCGUCUCGUCAGAAGAACCCGAUGAAAAGCCCCGGGAAGGGCGGCAGGAAGAGCUCGGGGAGAAGCGCGGAGACGGCGAAUUCACGAAGGACGGACGUCGCGGCCGACUCACAGAGUUCGCAGUCCGCGAAGAACACCGGGGAGAACAGUGUCCAAAAUGACGCCACCUCCAAGAACGCGAAGUCGAGCGGGCCUGCGCAGAAGCCGGUUUCUACGAGCGAGAAGGCGGCGGAGAAAAGUGCUCCGGAAAAGACGGGAAAGCAGAUGAAAGCGCGGGCGAGAAAGAGAACGAAGGCGAAGGGUAACAAGGCGGCGGCGGGAAUCGCGUCUAGCGACAAUAACGCCGGUCCUUCGAUGGCCGACGGCACCAGCCCGGGGAAGAGCGUGGAAAUGAGCGUUCUCGAAGACGCACCGGGGGACUCGAAAAAGCCGCACGUCGUAAGCGACGCUCGGUGUUCGCAGUCCGAGAGGGAGACCGAGCCGAGGCGGAAGGCGAAAGAAAACAGUGGCCCGACCACCAUCUCCGAGGGGUUGAACAGUUGCUCACAGGAGUCGGCCUCCUCCAAGACGGCUGACGGGGAAUCUAGCCUGCCGGGGGAGACGAACGUCGCGUCUGACUCGCGGAGCUCGCAAUCUCCGAGAGGAAAAGCCAUCUCCCCGAGCGAGGAGGUGUCGAAGGCGCCAUCGCGCGAGCCUUCGUCGAAGACGACGGCUGAUGACAAGUCGAGUCUCCCGGAAAAGACGAGGGAGGAGGUAAAAGCGGAACGCGAAGCGAAGAAAGCCGCAAAGGCGGCUGCUAAAGCGAAGGCGAAAAGCAAGAAGACGGAAGAGGCUGCGAGCCAGGUCGUCGAGGACAAGCCUGCGAGCGAGCCUCCGUCAGCUGAACAGAUCUCGACGAAGAGCGCUACUGUGGAGCACGUCGUGGCCGACGCGCAGAGCUCGUGGAAGACUGACAUCGCUGCGACCUCGUUACAGGCUCUUCAAGUCGCGAAGAAGACCGAGGAGAGCUCUGCGAGCAGCGCGACUCGACGAGGCCCGAACGCUCAAGCGGUGAGCGUCGAGUUUUCCACCGUCUCUAGACAGGGCAGUGCGACUUCCGAUGGGAAGUCCGAGGACAAGAGCAAGGCGGAGCUGCGCGCCGAACGAAGAGCCAAGCAGGAAGCCCAGAGAGCGGCGAAGCAGCAGCAACAAGCUCCGACGCAGCAGCAGCAAUCGUCCUCGAAGAGCGAAGACGCGAGGAGUCGAGAAGCGACGACUUCGGCGAAGCCGCGCACCGCGCAGGCCGCCGAAACCGCGAAGAAGGUAAACGCGAGGAAGGACAACGAGCAUGAGGUGAAUCUGUUCAAACACCUGUACAACGAGAGGGAGCAUUCUCUGGCCCAUGUGCCCAAAACGUCGGACAUCCAUCCAGCGAUUAUAGGGCUGGGCGCCGAGUAUUCACGCCGGAUGAUCGUCGGCAGCAACGCAAGGUGCCUCGCGCUCUUGACCGCCGUCAAAGAGGUCAUCCGAGACUUCGUGAAGCCGGAACAGGCGGACUUCACCCGUAGCCUCGAGGUGUACCUGCGGGACAUAGUAGCUUACCUUCACAAUUGCCGGCCGGUGGCCGUUUCGAUGCAGAAUGCGAUUCGUCAUCUCAAAUGGCACAUGACUAACUUCCCGGUCACCGUGUCGACGGAUGAGGCGAAAACUAUGUUGACAAAUAUAAUAGAUAUCUACAAAAAGGAACAGAUUCAAUUGGCUGGCGAAGCGAUAUCCAUAACUAUACAAACUAAGAUAUCAAACGGAAAUAUUAUUUUAAUUUACGGAUUCUCAUCCUUAAUUUGCAAUAUAUUAAUGGACGCGCAUGCUGCGGGCACGCAAUUCCGCGUUAUCGUAGUCGAUGGCAGACCAUGGUUGGAGGGGAGAGAACAGUUAAGACGUUUAGUAAAACAUGGGAUCAAAUGUUCAUACAUGUUCAUCAAUGCUGUGAGCUUUAUUAUGCCAGAGGUUAGCAAGGUCUUUCUCGGAGCGCAUGCAAUAUUGGCCAACGGCGCGGUGAUGUCGCGAAUCGGAACCUCGCAGAUUGCCUUGAUAGCGAAGGCCUUUAAUGUGCCAGUUUUAGUGGCAUGCGAGACACAUAAGACAUGCGGACGAGUGCAGACCGAUUCUAUCGUGUACAACGAACUGGGUGACGCGGAUGACCUCGUAAAUUCACACAUAUAUAGCAACUCAAGAAAGUCUUUGCUCACCAACUGGCGGGCGAGGAAAUCGUUGAAUCUCUUAAACAUCAUUUAUGACGUAACUCCAGCCGAUCUCAUCACUGCCGUCGUCACGGAAUUGGCUAUUUUGCCGUGCACCAGUGUUCCUGUGAUCCUACGAAUUAAACCUUCAGAGUUUUAAAUUCCUAUUAUGCUUAUCUCUGCCUCUUUCUCAAAUGUAGAGAAUUUGCUUCCCUAAAUUGUCUUGAAUGUAUAUUAAGAAUAUUUUAACUGCGAAGCACCUAAGUACAGAGAAAAGUUGAGGAUAUAAUUAGGAAAAAAGGAGCAACAGCAGGAACUCGGUAGGAACUUUAAACGUUGGGAUAUUUUGGUACAUCUUCUUUAUAUCUUUUUAUCGCUUAAAGAUUUGGAUAAUUCGUUCUAAAAUGAAAUUUCUCGGUCCGAGUUUUGCCAAGAAGAUAUGAAUCGAAUAAAAGUAAGGAUAAACAACGGAGAAGGACUUCCUAACACAUUUUCCUCCCUUAAGUAUCUGUCUGAGACAUUUUUCGGAAGUAAGCUCUUUGAUUGAGCCCUGCGUGAUGUUGAAGAAGUGACAGUUAUUAGAAAAGAGUUGCACAUGCAUUAUUUGAAAUUGCUAAGUACAACGUGUAUGGUGCAUAUUUGUUGCGCGCCAUACGACUAACGAUUAUUCGACAAGUAUUCUAUGAAGUAGAUGAAUUAAUAUUGGUUCAUAUUGCUACGUAUAUAUAUAAAAUAUAUAUAUUGUAUUGUGUAUAUAUACGUUAUAAUUAACUUUUUAAAUCAAAUUGCGGUUGCAGAUAUUAGUGAAUUUCGCUUAGCAGAUAUCUAACAGACUUUCUAACGACGAAUAUGUGAUUAGUGUUUUAUAUAUCUAACGAUAGGAUAUUAUACUUAAGGCAAUACGAUGCAACAUUGACGUUAGUUGUAAGAAAUAUAGGAUGCGUCCCUCGUAGAGUCGAUUCGUUUUUACGAAAAUUGUAUUUACCGAGACUUGAUUUCCGUUUUAUAAUGUUCUCGCGUUUGAUUAAUAAUCGUUUCAUUUGUUUGAUCAUUAACAUAAAGGUUUGUAAAGUAUUAAUUGUAUCUAUAUUAAUGUGUCUGUUGAUUGUGUUCCGAUAAAAAUGCGAGAAAUGAGAAUGACUAAAGAUGUAAGGAUGCGAGAAUGGCACUUUUAGUCUCGUAGUUAUUAAGAAUAUUACUUUGCUGAAUUAAAAGAAGAGAAAAACUACUGGCUGGUUGCAAUGUAGAAUGAAUUUAAACCAGAAGCUCCGAGGAUAGAAUAGAGCGAAGAGGAGUCCAUAGAUCGGAGGAGGAAGAGUCGGCUUUUGGAUGGAUUAACAUCUACGGUGAACAGGAAUAUUUAUCACCAUUAAUUUACCGCUUAUUUAUCGUCGAAGUUUUACAUAUAUAGUGUGAAGGUUAAGGGGUUACACUCUGACAGAUUGAAAAAGAUAAGUGAUUUUGGAAAUUUUUUUGGCUAAACAAUGAAGUAAAUGAAAAAUCUGUUAUAAGGCUUUUGUUAAGUGACAUUUUAAGAAUAAAAUAAUAUUUUUUAACUUCUCGUCAAGAACAAAAUGGCGGGUGUGGAGGCGUUGUACGGAAGGUCGUUUGACGACAUAGUCCAAUCGGCGUUGCGAGAUUCUGCCACCCGGUGUGACUUAGGCCACGAUACUAAAACUAUUUAUUUUCAACAUGAUAUGAUCUAAAGAAAUACGUAGGGGAUUUUCUGAAUAUUGAUUUUUGUGAAAAUGGUGAACACCUGCAAGAAAGCUUCGUUUUUCGGCCAAGAAAAUGGUGAACACCUGCAAGAAAGCUUCGUUUUUCGGCCAAAAAUUUUGUGUUAAAAAUGUCGAUUAAAAAAAAAUUUAAUAUAUCGCAAAAUCUCUAUACACUUCUCUAGAUUGUAUCAAUUGGAAGAUUCUGUCAUAAUUGGAAAUAAAUCGGAUAAGUAGUUUAUAAAAUCCCCGCAACGCCAACUUUAGAAAAGUGAUUUCGAGAAAAACGCGUUUAAAGAUUUGCUUUACAAUAUUUCGUGUUUAAAGUGCAAAAUAUCAAAUUUACCUUUACUCUGUAAUUCCUGCACUAUAUAGCUGUCCUAAGUUAAUAUUCGCCUCUUCUUCCUUUCGGCUUGUUUAAACGAUCUCCAUGCGUCUUUGGCGACAUCAGACACGCUCAGCUGCCUUUACGCGUCGAAUGUCCGCAUUGCUGCAAAAAUUGUAACAAUUAUGGUCAAUAAUCAGGUUUAACACUUC